AUGCGCCGCUUCGCUGUUCAAGGACACCGCACUCUUAAGCGAGCACCAGCAUGGAAAUCCGCUGCUAAACGCCCGUGUUCGUUCUCUGUUGCUCACUACCCAGCACGGGGCCUACGGGCCUACUCCACAGGUCGCCGUUCAUCAACCGUACAAGGGAGCUCUCAUCCAUCCAUGCAUCUGCGGAACUUUUCAUUGGCUGUGAUCUCAACUGCAGUGGCAUCAGGGGCUUAUUACGCAUAUCAAGGCACUGGGAACACCCAUUCAUUAGCAAACCAAGUCAGGAACUUUGCCUCGGGUGCUAUCAAGACUGCCUACGCAGAACAGCCUUCAGACCCUGCACGGAAGGCUCUGCUGGUGAACAACGACCAAUUCUACACUGCAACUCUGUCUGAAGACGAGCCACUUUCAAAGAACAGUGACGACUCCGACCGACGCGUUCUCAACAUGUUAACCCCUGAGCAGGCAACAGAGAAGCUCCGCAAGCAUGAAGAGUCAUAUCUUGUGAACCGGGGCAAGGGCGUUGUUCGAUAUGACAUUGUGCAGGUUCCUAGCAAUUCGCCCAUUGAGGAUGAUCACGCUGAAUUAGUCGUGGAAGUCCCAGCCAAUGUGGCAGCAAACCAGAACGGAGAGCCCAACAGUGACUGGUCUUUUUGGGCGGUCUUUGAUGGUCAUUCGGGAUGGACCACAUCUGCCAAGUUGCGUAAUGUACUGAUCUCUUACGUUGCACGGGAGCUCAACUCGACCUAUAAGGCUGCAGCGACGGACCCAUCUGUACUAGUGCCUUCAUCCGAGACUAUCGAUGCGGCUAUCAAGCAAGGCUUCGUCCGUCUGGACCAUGAUAUCGUCCAUGAGAAUGUCGACAAGGUCUUCAAAGCCAACUCCCGGCGGGUGGCCGCUGAGCUCCUUGCACCUGCACUUUCUGGUUCUUGUGCCCUUCUCAGCUUCUACGACUCCCAGUCACAAAACUUGAAGGUGGCGGUCACUGGUGAUUCUCGUGCAGUCCUCGGCCGCCGUGGUCCUAGUGGUAAAUGGACCGCAACGGCACUCUCUGAAGAUCAGACUGGUGGCACCCCCUCUGAGAUUGAACGUUUGCGGGCAGAGCACCCUGGCGAGCCUUAUGUCACCCGCAAUGGCCGUAUCUUGGGCCAGUUGGAACCCAGCCGUGCCUUUGGCGAUGCAGUUUACAAGUGGAGCAAGGAAGUGCAAGACAAGAUCAAGGGACAAUUCUUUGGCCGGACCCCUUCACCAUUGCUGAAGACACCUCCCUAUGUCACUGCCGAGCCCGUCAUCACUACCACCAAGAUUGACCCAUCACAAGGCGACUUCGUCGUAAUGGCUACCGAUGGCCUGUGGGAGAUGCUUAGCAACGAAGAGGUUGUAGGCCUGGUGGGCCAGUGGAUCGAGCAGCAGCAAUCUGGCAGCAGCAGCAGCAGCAAGGCCUGGCUCCAGGGCUGGUUCUCCUUCGAUGGCCAGAAGAAACUGCCUGUGGAGGCAGCGCAUGACGGCUCUACUGCCGGCCAGCGCCGUCCAAUCCGACAGCAGCAAUACGAUAUCUCCGGAGGAGAAGGACGAUUCGUUGUCGAGGACAAGAACGCCGCCACUCACCUUGUGCGCAAUGCUAUGGGUGGAAAAGACAAGGACAUGCUCUGUGCUCUGCUGACCCUGCCCAGCCCCUAUUCCCGCCGAUACCGUGACGAUGUGACCGUGGAAGUCAUUUUCUUCGGACAAGGCCCUGACUCGCGAACCAUUGACCGGAACCAGGAAGCAAGCGCCUCUGAGGAAGCCCCUCGCGCUAAGCUCUGA